UGUGUUAAGCUUCUCCUAAAGGUCCAACGCACCUUUAUUUAGAUUUUUUGAUAGCCGGACAAUUUAGACAGUGUGACAAUGUUGACCUAGUAAAAUAUCUACGUAACAAAAAAACAGGAUGUGUAUUCUUGCCCAGGUGCAACACGCAUGUUAUUAGGAUAAUGGAAAAUCCCUUCUUUCUACAGUUGCUCACUACACGAUGCGUGUUUUGUUAAACAUUGUAUUAUGAAACGUUUCAUAAGAUACUUACUAGAAUGUUUUGAUUCGUGUAACUGGUUUUCUGCCGAUAAAUAGUUACAAUCUGUUUCGAAUCAAAUGACGCAAUUGUAUCGAGACGGUGAAUUCCGAUUGUCUCUAAACCUAGACAAGCAACCAUACGACACAGUUCGUGAUGGAUUAAUAGCCAGAGAAAUGUACACAAAAGUCCGGAUUUUAUGUUGGGUCAUGACCACCCCGAAAAACCACUGGAGAAAAGCGCGUCACAUCAAGAACACCUGGGGAAAUCGGUGCAAUAGACUAAUCUUCAUAAGCACGGAAACAGACAAUAGGCUACCUACCGUUAAAGUUCCUACGCUUGAAGGUUACGAUACCUUAUGGGGGAAGACCAGAGAAGCCUUUCGUUAUAUCUAUCAACAUCAUCUUCACGAAGCUGAAUGGUUUCUCAAAGCUGAUGACGAUUCGUUUGUCAUUUUAGAGAACCUACGCUUUUAUUUGUCGAAUUUCAACACCUCAGAUCCUUUUUAUUUUGGUCACAAGUUCAAAGCUUACAUAAAAAGUGGCUACAUGCAGGGCGGAUCGGGUAACGGAAACAUCAUCGUAUUUCUUUACACCAGUGUUACGUCAUUUAUUAAUCAUGAACACGCAGGUUACGUGCUGAGCAAAGAAGCCCUGCGGAGGUUUGUUGAAAUUGGUUUAGAAAACCCAGUGAAAUGCACCGAUACUGAAUGGCCAGAAGAUGUUCAAAUCGGUAUCUGUAUGGAGAAUUUGGAUUGCAAAGGUAUGGACACCAGGGAUUCCUAUGGCAGAGAUAGGUUCUUAACCAUUUCCUUAGAGACACAUUUAACUUUGGGGAUAGUGGAUGAUACUUGGUUAUGGGAAAUGCAUCCUUCCUUUUACCCCGUUCAAAAGGGAUUUGACUGCUGUUCGGAUACUGCUAUUGGCUUCCAUCAGAUGACUCCCAAUCAAAUGUAUCUCUAUUACUAUCUUAUUUAUCGCGUUAAUGCAUAUGGUAUCCAAGACAUUCGGACAGAAAUUCAAUCCAAGCCACAACAUUCGCCGGAUGUAAACUUUCAGGCUUUGCCAUUUUCCGGCCCAUCUACCUCUGACCUAAUCUGGACGAAGCAUCUGAAAAAGCGAGAGAAAUUGGAAUUAGAGAAAUACCCUCAAUCUGAAUCGGCGACAUCCUCGCUAUCGGAAAAUCUGCAAAGAAGAUAAUAAAAUAUUGCG